AUGGAGCUUGUCGUACACUUGUUCGCUAAUGAGGUAGAUGCCAAUGGCAACAAGGACAAUGCUGAGGCCAAGAGUGGCGUGGCAGAGCUGAUUCGUCAGCAUGGUGCUUUCUCCACGCGUCUCGAAAUGCUCUUCGACAUAAAUGAAGAUUUAGAGGGUAGCACUGUUGUCCCGGAUGAUGAGGUACAAGUUGAACCACUAAGAUUCGGUAUGGAGUUUGACAGUGAGAAAGAGCUUAUUGCCUACUAUAAGCAGUAUGCCAAGCAAGAAGGUUUUGGCGUAAGGACACAGAGGACUAAAAGAGAUGAUGAUGGGAGGCCUGUGUAUCUGACUAUUGGUUGUGCCCGUGGCGGAAAGUACUAUCCGAAGCCAAACACUAAUAUCUCGAAGCCACGAGCAACAACUAAAACGGAUUGUAAGGUGAAGGUAAAUGUAACAUUGAACUGUCAUGAGAAAUUGGUUUUGACUACUGCAGAAAAUUCUCACAACCAUAUUACUUUGAGCCCCAAGAAUAGUAGACUCUUGCAAUCGCACAAGCAUCUAGAUGAAUAUAGUCAAAGGAUCCUCGAGCUGAAUGAUAGAGCUGGUAUACGAAUGAACAAGAACUUUUAUUCUCUUGUAGUUAACGCGGGGGGUUAUGAGAAUCUGGCUUUUCAAGAGAAAGAUUGUAGGAAUUAUAUUGACAAAGCUAGAUAUUUAAGGUUGGGUAAAGGAGGUAGCAAUGCACUUAAUGAGUUUUUCAAAAGAAUGAGAGAUCAGAACGAUAGCUUUGUUUCUUACAUGGACGUGGAUGAUGAUGGAAGGCUACGGAAUGUGUUUUGGGCUGAUGCACGGAGUCGAGCCGCCUAUGAGUAUUUUGGAGACGUUGUAUCGAAAGAUACAACGUACCUAACAAAUAGGUACGGUAUGCCUUUUGCUCCAUUCGUUGGUGUUAACCAUCAUGGCCAGUCCAUACUAUUCAGGGCGGGAUUGCUAUCAAGCGAGGACACACAUAGUUUUGUUUGGUUGUUCCAAAUGUGGUUGGAUUGCAUGAAGGGUAGGGCGCCCAAAGCUAUCAUAACCGACCAAGAUUGA